CUAUAUAACCUUUCGUAGCCUACAAUCAUAAGUUUGAGCUUUUGGUUGAACUGGUUUCUUGACAUGGUAUGUCGAGUAAGAGGUCACAUGUUCGAACCUCACCGGCACCCAGUUUUUAAAAAACUAAGGUUUUCGUGCAAGCCUACAGGGUCGUGCUAGAGUAUAUAAAAACCUUUUUUGGUCAUGGAUUUUCUAGUUCAAUCUAACAUGUUAUUAAUCUGCAUUAUAAUCAUAUCUGUUUUGAAUGAUGAUGGUGAUGAUAGUGGCAACGGGGCAGCGUUUCUUCCCGAACUGCUCGAAAGUCUUGGACCGGUUGCUGGAGGACGAAGUGCUAGAGUGUUUGAUGCUAGAAAGCGGGACGGCGGAGGAGCAGAGGUUCAAGAAGGCCAGAUACAUUGAACUCAAGGAAGAAGUUCACAAUGCCUUUGUCAAAGACAAAGCUGAGCACAAAUGGUCACUGUCACAUCACACUUCUUCUUCCUUUUCAACUUCAUCCAAGUCCCAAAAGGUCAGAAAAAGACUUGGGCCACUUGUAAAGCACUAGACUAAUGAAAUUUACUUCCUCUGUCUCAGGAUAUUCGUCUAUAUUUUUGACAUUAUAUAUUGACAUUAUUUGUCACAUAAAACAAAUUAAAGAACAAAUUAAAGUCUUAUUUUCCUAUUGUAUAUAUAGGGCAUGUUUUAGCCCACAAUGAAUACAAUUUAGUUUGCACAAAUUUGUAGGAGAUGCCAUUUUUAAUGAACAAAUUGUGAGAGGGAGGAUACCAAAUCUUUAACCACAAAGGGAGCUGUAGUGUCCACAACCAUGGACACAACAUCAUCAUCCCCGACAUCAUAGUCCCAGCAGCCGCUGUACCUCUCCAUGAGACACUCUAUAUCUUGCCACGUGGACGGCUUGUGCCAGCUUGACCCAGCCCGAGCCUCGACCCGUCGGCGCCACUCGGCCUCGUCCUUCGGCCUGCACUCGACCACGGCCACCCGGGCGCCGAAACGGGUUUCGAGCCCGAGUAGGCGGUCGAGGCGGGCCCGGUUGGAGAGAGGGGAGUCGAGUAUGACACCGAGGCCCAGGUCGAGCUGGGCCUCGGCGGCGGUCCACAUGGCCUCGUAGGACAGCUCAUUCAAAAGGUCGGCGGCGGCGGCCGGGGUGGAGUUGUUGGGGGAGAAGCAACAAGUAGGAUGCACCACCUACAAGGAUCAACUUCAAGACAACCAACCAAACACUUAACCCAAUUCACCACUAUUGAUUAACCAAGCACAUAAAAUCAGCAACACAUCAAAUAAACCACAACCAAAUAUGAAGAACAAAGAUGCAAACGACACACGAUUUUUAUACCUGGAAAACCCCUUCGA